AUGUACAAGUUCUUCCUCCUCGCCGCUGUUGUUACGAUGGUCGCCGCGCGGCCACAAGACGGUCACGGUCACGACCAACACCACGGUCACGGUCACGCCAUCUCUUCACAGAGCAUCGUACUGCACCACACUCAGGAGAUUAAGCACCCCAUUUACCACGAGGAGCACCAUGAAGAACAGUACCACCAUGAGGGACACCAGCAGGAACAACAACAAGACAGCCACCAUCACGAGGAACAUCAUGACCAGCAUCAUUAUGAUGGACAUCAUCAUGAGCAGUACCACCAUGAUGGCCACCACUACGAGCAGAUCCACCAUGAUGACCACCACCACGAGGAACAACACCAUGAGGAACAACAUCACGGAGAGCACCAUCAUGAGGAACACCAUGGUCACGCCUCCUCUUCUCAGAGCAUCAAGCAGUACCACGGAAAGGCCACUGAGAAACACGUCGAGUACUACGCUCAUCCCAAAUACGAGUUCGCGUACAAGGUCGUGGACCCUCACACCGGUGACAAGAAGUCCCAGCAUGAGGCUCGUGAUGGUGACGUCGUGAAGGGCGUGUACAGUCUGCAUCAGCCUGAUGGCUCUGUCAGGAUCGUGAAGUACCACUCUGACAAGAAGGCCGGAUUCAACGCCAACGUGCAUUACGAAGGUCACGCCAUUCACAUCGUUCCCGAACACCACCACCACCACCACUAA